AUGGAGAGAAUCCAUGUCUCAGUCAGAGCCCGGCCGCUUUCUACGGAGGACGCGAAGACGAGUCCCUGGAAUAUCUCUUCCGACUCAAUUUCCAUGCCCAAUCAGCCUUCUCCCUCAUUUCAAUUUGAUCGGAUUUUUAGAGAAGACUGUAAAACUGUCGAAGUCUAUCAAGCACGCACGAAGCAGAUCGUGGCUGCUGCCGUUCGUGGAUUCAACGGAACUGUGUUUGCUUACGGUCAAACUAACAGUGGCAAGACUCAUACAAUGCGAGGCUCACCUACUGAACCUGGAGUCAUCCCUCUCGCUGUAUAUGAUCUAUUUGAGACUAUAUAUCAGGAUGCAAGUAGGGAGUUUCUGUUGCGUAUGUCCUACCUGGAGAUUUACAAUGAAGAUAUAAACGAUUUGUUGGCUCCUGAACACCGGAAACUACAGAUUCAUGAAAAUCUAGAGAAAGGAAUAUUUGUUGCUGGAUUACGAGAAGAAAUUGUGGCUUCUCCUCAACAAGUCCUCGAAAUGAUGGAAUUUGGAGAAUCUCAUCGGCAUAUUGGGGAGACAAAUAUGAAUCUUUACAGCAGUAGAUCUCACACUAUUUUCCGCAUGAUUAUAGAGAGUAGACAGAAGACGCAAGAUGACGUUGUUGGAAAUACCUGUGAUGCAGUCCGUGUUUCUGUUCUGAAUUUGGUGGAUCUAGCUGGUUCAGAACGGGCGGCAAAAACCGGUGCAGAGGGUGUUAGGCUAAAGGAGGGCUCGCAUAUAAAUAAAAGCUUGAUGACACUUGGGACUGUAAUUAAGAAACUGAGUGAAGGAGUUGAGACUCAAGGUGGUCAUGUUCCGUACCGAGACAGCAAGCUGACAAGGAUCUUGCAGCCCGCUUUAGGUGGAAAUGCAAAUACAGCUAUCAUUUGCAAUAUAACACUUGCACCGAUUCAUGCAGAUGAAACCAAGAGCAGUCUACUGUUUGCUAGCCGAGCACUGCGUGUUACUAACUGUGCGCAUGUCAAUGAGAUAUUGACUGAUGCUGCCCUAUUAAAGCGGCAAAAGAAGGAGAUAGAAGAGCUCAGAUCCAAACUAAAGGCUUCUCACUCUGACCAUUCGGAAGAAGAGAUUCUUAACCUUCGCAACACCUUGUUGAAGUCUGAGUUAGAGAGAGAGCGGAUAGCGCUCGAGUUAGAAGAGGAGAAAAAGGCACAAGCUCAGAGGGAAAAAGUUCUGCAAAUGCAAGCAAAGAAGAUUGAGAACUUGAGUUCAAUGGUUCUCCUUUCGAAUAGAGAUGAGAAGCGUGAGCAGGAUCAGUUUAAGAAGGGAAAGAGGAGGGAUACAUGGUGUACUGGUCACCUUUCACGAGACUCCACAUCAGAGGUUCAGUCUAAUGUUUUGUCAAGGGGAUCAUCUCUUAAAUCAAGAUCCGAGCGUGAGAGAGGUCCACUACUUCCAUUUUCGGAACUGGUGGGAAAUGAACCAUUAUAUAACAUCAGCGAGCAAGAUGAAGAGAGUAUUAAUGAAACCCUCGAAGUUUCUGCACUUCCAGAUCCAUGUGCUUUAGUGCAUGUGACUAGCAGAAAGAAACCUCCAAUCAAGCAGAAAAGUCCCGUAGUGGUGGUUGAAAACGAGCUAGAAAGAAUUCAAAGGCAAUAUGAGGAUCUUUUCUUGCAAUAUGAAACCGAGAGCAUCGUCAACAAAAUACAAAUAGAGUGCCUUAAGGCAAAGUUGUUUGAAGACGGUUUAUCUGGCGAAGAAAAAUGCAAGCAUUCAGAUUGUGGAGUCGUUGGAAAUGUUGAUCGGGAUGAAAACGGUGUACAUCUUAGGGAUCCAGAAGCUAUCCUUCUCAUUAAGCAACUCCAAGAGAAGAUAAACAUACUAGAAAUGGAGAAGUCUUCAAGCAAGCAAAAUCUUGAUGAUCUUGUGACGGUAGCUACUGAGCAGAAUAUAUGUGCCAGGGAAAAAAUUGCUGAGAUUCAGGAAGAGAUGCGUGCUGCCAGAGAAGAGGCCCAGUUUGCUCGUGAACAACUUGUGUCCAAGGAAUCUGAAGUUAUUCAUGUGCUAAAUGAGAAUUUAAACUCUCUGGUUUACGUAUCAACAGAAGUUGAAGUCUUAGUGUCCGAAUUUCAAAAAUCUAAAGCAUCACUAGAAACCAUAUCGUUAGUUAUGGAUGAGGGUCUCCAAGAUUUUGCUUUCUUUUCUCCUUUGAUACAUGACUUCACAUUAUCUUUGCGACAAAUUGUUGAGCAACAUGCUUCACUUAUCAGCAGCUACCAGAAUGUCCAAUCUUGUCUGGAACAAAAAGUUCUUGAUACUGAGAAUGAGAAGCUUCUGUUGCAAGAGCAGUGUGCUGAUCUGCAAAGCCAAAUAGAAAGACUAAAUCAGGAAGCCCAAGAGCAUGAUACUUCCUUAAUGAUGCUCACAGAACAGCAUGAGUCCGAUAGGUCAGAUUUCCUCUCUCACAUAGAACGUCUUGAGAAGGAUAUAGCAAGUCUAUCAUCCUCUUCUUUGGCCAAAGAGAAGGAGAAUCUAAGGAAAGAUUUUGAGAAGACGAAAACAAAGCUUAAAGACACUGAAUCUAAGCUUAAGAAUGUCAUGCAGGAUAAAACCAAGCUAGAGGCCGAGAAAGCAUCUGCGGAGAGAGAGUUAAAACGAUUGCAUAGCCAGAAGGCCCUCCUCGAGAGAGAUAUCAACAAACAGGAGUCCUUUGCUGGUAAAAGACGUGACUCUCUUAUUGUUGAGAGAAGUGCAAACCAGUCGUUGCAGGAAGAGUUUAGAAAUCUUGAAGUGCUUGCUUUUGAAAUGGAAACAACAAUUGCUUCACUGGAAGAGGAGCUGGCUGCUGAGCGUGGAGAAAAAGAGGAGGCACUAUGUGGAAAAGAAGGUUUAGAAUCAGAAAUUAUAGCUUUGACAGAGAAACUAGAUCACUCAAAUACCCAACUAGAACAUCUGCAAAAAGAUGUCAUGGAGCUCAAAACCAGGCUUGAAGGCUCAUCUUCUGAUCAGCAACAACUGGAAACCAAUAUUAAACAGUUGCUUGAAGAAAAGGAAGAUCUCGCAAUGCAUCUGGCUAACUCACUUUUGGAGAUGGAGGAGGAGAAAGCAAUAUGGAGCUCGAAAGAAAAAGCUUUGACCGAUGCCAUGGAGGAAAAGAUCAGACUAUAUAGUAUACAAAUCAAGUCACUAUCUAAAGAAAUGUCAGAGGCAAAGAGGGAGCUGGAAUCUUGUCGACUUGAAUGUGUUACUAUUGCUGAAAGGCUAAGAUGUUCUGAGGAGAAUGCUAAGCAGGAAGAAAAAUACAGCAUGGAGAAGUCUUUAGAGAUUGAUAGACUGGGUGAUGAACUUCGAUCAGCUCAUGCCGUGAGUAAACAAUCUCAAGAGGUUCUCAAGUCUGAUAUUGACACUCUAAAGUCCGAACUUCAGAGCAUUUGCGAGAUGUCAGAUACACUUCAGAAAGAGCUUAAUCAUGUCACAAGUGAGCGCCAGAGUUUGGUAGGACGCAUAGAGGAGUUGAGUAAGGAACUCGCUUCAUCAAAUCGUUUUCAGAUUGAAGAUGCAAAAAAUCCAUCUGAAGAAAUGACUCGUAAAGUCUCAAGCCAAGAAUCCAAGGACGCAGAUGCAGACAACAAGGAGAAGGCAAAGCUAAAAAUGAGACUGAGAGGGACGCAGGCACGCUUAGAUGCAAUCUGUCUAAGGCACAAGCAGUCUGUGAAAGAAUCAGAGAUUAUGAACAGGAAGUUCGAGGAAGCAUCUGCAAAGCUAAAGGACAAGUUAGCAUCAAAAGCACUCGAAGUCCUCGACCUUAAGAAGCAGCUCUCUGCCUCUUCAAGAACACUGUGA